AUUUAUUAAUGAUGGAUUAUGCAGAUGGUGGAACACUUGGUCAUUAUUUAAGUAAAAAUUUUACAUCAUUAUCAUGGACUGAUAAAUUAAAUUUUGCAAAACAGUUAGCAAGUGGUGUAGCAUGUUUACAUAAAGAGAAAAUAAUUCAUCGAGAUUUGAAUUCUAGUAAUAUAUUAAUAAGAGAAGGUGUAAUUAAAAUAAGUAAUUUUGGAUCUUCAAGACAAUUAAGUGAAACGUCCAAAUCAUCAUCAGAUUUAAAAGGAUAUAUAAUGUACAUUGAACCACGAAGUUUGAAAAAUUCCCAAUAUAGAAGAAACGAUAAAUCAGAUGUAUAUAGUGUUGGGGUUUUAUUAUGGGAAUUAUCGAGUGGUAGACCACCAUUUAAAUCGACUUCUUCUUCAACAUCAUUAACUCAAUUAGAACUUGCUAAUAAAAUAUCAAACGGACAAAGAGAACGUCCUAUUAAAGGAACA